GACUAGAUUUCCCUCAAUGUGGCCCUUGAGCUAAAAUGAGUUUGACACCCCUGAUUAAAAGUGUUUGUUAGUUUGUUUGUUUGUUUGUUUGUGUUAGCAUUAACUUUGCUCAUUUAGAGAUUGUUUGACUGCAGUUUAAAUUUGGCUUUUUCUCCUGCUAUGUUUGUUUCCUUAAUUUCAAUAAGCAGGACCUCUUGACUUUCUUUGAUCUUGUAAACAAAACAGAAUAAAACAAAGCCAUGGGUAUAAUAUGUGACAACAAGUAUUUCUGCGCUGAGCAGUCUUUCAGCUGUAAUGCUGCUUAGUCUGCAGUCAUUAAACCCUGCUGAGGGCUGCACCGCCUGCAUCUCUGCAUGCACAGGUCACCUCGGUCCCGUCUGAGGUAUGGAUCAGCACUUCAGGUGCAUUAAACAGCACAAUGUUGCAUUAUUUUUUUAUGGCUUGUUACCACAUGAGUGUAUCCAUUCUGCAUAUUUAUGCAUAAUUUUAAUGCACCAUCCUCUGUGUGGAAGCUAAACUUGGACACAUGUUGGCUGUAAAGUGAACAAAAGCAGGCAGAAACUAGUUUUGAUGUCUGGAGUACCAGAUCCUGCCUGAUUCUGCAGUCUCCUCACACUCUAGACUCAUUUUCAGUACAGAGGGAUUCAAGGAUGGUUCUGUAGGUGAAGCGAUAGCAAUGCUGGAGGGUUUGCAGGCAAACCUUUAUUGAAAAGCAAAACACAAAAAUAGAAAUUUGAUUAUUUUGGUGGAGAAGAAGCUAAGGAAUCACUAACGCAUAGAGCUUUUUGCCAUUUACAAUGCACACACCCACUGUAUCCUCCUUCAGGUGUUUGGCCCUUCAUAUUUCUUAGAAAUAUUGGCAUUUAUUUUGCAUUUUUAUAAUUAAAACGCAGCUCCCUGGCAGAUUUUUAUGAAAUUUCUAACUUCCAUAAACUCCAUAAAAAUGCACACAUGGUUCACUUUCUCCACCCGUUCCCAGACGAAUAUUUUAACUCCCUGUGAUUGAUUAGCUUUCCACUCCCCGAUACUUAAACUGAGUCCAUUAAGUUCUGCAGACUCAUCAUUUGUAAGCUAUGCUCGCAUUCUUCUUUACCUCCACCGUCCCCCACCCCAACUUUAUCACAGAGAGGCUGAGCAGGGCAUCGAGGACUUUUAAAUCGGCAACAAUACGCGUGUGUAACUUUUCACGUCAGAGGUGAUUUUUAACUCAUUUCAACUUAGUAAAACAAUGCUUUUGCAGUUAUGGUGGUUUCAAAGUUUGCACGGUCUAAUUAAAAACCGUUUGACUUAUUAAGAGUGAGAGUCACUGACUACGUCAGAAGAUACAAGCUUCUCCAGGGUUGAGCAGACUCAUUUACUCUAAGUGCUGCUCGUAUCCCUGCCAUCAGCAGAUGUGGAUCAAUGCCUGGUUUUAAAGUUUUGCAUCACUUAAGAUGACUGAGCUUAUAAAGACAGAUCUGACUGUCAAUCAGAGACCAUUAGUAGAGAGAUUCCUUCAGUAUAAAAAAAACUUCCCAAUCACAUCAGCACCAGUCUCAAACACACAUGUGACUACACACGUGCUGCUCGGGAGAGACGUGGAGCCAGGAGGACCUAAAACAAACCGGGAUCUGAAUCUAAGAUGGAAAAAUGCUGGAAAACCUAGAGGAGCCUUUCAUAUGGUGAAAGAGUCAGACUUGUUUACUUUUUCCUUUACUGGUUGGUGGUUUAAGUCAGGUCAUAGUUGCUGAUGCUGGUGCAAACUCCAGCCAUGAGGUGAAGGAUGCUGAUGGAUGAAAGAGGUGACAGAUGUUAGGUGAUGUUUGCAGAAGGAAGCUGCUCCCUCAGAGGCAUCCAACCGAUCAGAACAAGAGAAGCGUCGGAUACGUUUAACUUUGUUAAAGAACUUUUGCACGAGUGAUCUCUUCUGCAAGUCAACGAUGGGUUUGGACGGCAUGGAAGUAUUCGCCAUUGCUGCGGUUGUUGGACUAUUUAUCGUUGUCCUCAAACAGUUUGGGAUUUGGGAACCGUUGUCACUGGAAGACAGCAGUGACAACGACUUCGAACUUUCCAUGGUGCGUCACCAGCCGGAGGGCCUCGAUCAGCUCCAAGCACAGACCAAGUUCACUAGGAAGGAGCUGCAGUCGCUUUACAGAGGCUUCAAAAAUGAGUGUCCCAGUGGGUUGGUGGAUGAAGAAACAUUCAAACUGAUUUACUCACAGUUUUUCCCUCAAGGAGAUGCAACAACAUAUGCACAUUUCUUGUUUAACGCCUUUGACAUGGAUAGAAAUGGUUCCAUUCGAUUUGAGGACUUUGUGAUAGGCCUGUCUGUUUUACUCAGAGGGUCUGUCACAGAGAAACUUCGUUGGGCUUUUAAUCUCUACGACAUCAACAAGGAUGGCUACGUUACAAAGGAGGAAAUGUUGGCAAUAAUGACAUCCAUUUAUGACAUGAUGGGCAGGUACACUUUACCCAGCCUACGGGAAGAUUCUCCCUUUGAGCAUGUUGAGAAAUUCUUCCAGAAAAUGGAUCGUAACAGAGAUGGAGUUGUGACAAUAGAUGAAUUCAUAGAAAUCUGCCAAAAGGAUGAAAGUAUUAUGGCAUCCAUGCAGCUCUUUGAGAAUGUCAUCUAGUUUUUGUCAAGAAAAUCGGACCAGAAACAUCUCCCUGUGCUUCCAGCCUCAAUCUGCUGGGCCUGAAUGACCUCAGUUGUCUCCAAAAUGAGACUUUGAUGAACAAAAAUUAUACACCACACAGUAAUAAAAACUAUUUAAGGCAACUGUAUUUCCAAUCAAACUGGAAAUGUGCAAUAUUUACCAAAUCAUCAUACAAAGUAAUGUUUCUUUGCAUGAAGUAUUAUUUCUGCACAGCGGUACUGUCACUGUCGGAUGACCACAAGGGUUUUCUGAGAUUAAAAACAAUGAGAUGUGAAAUACUCUGUGCUUUUAAAAAAAAUUUCUGUGAAAAGUAGUGAGUGGGAAUAUUUCACUCAUCUUGUGAAAAAUAUAAAAAUUCUCAGCUCACCUAAAGGCAGCUAAUUUAGGUCCAGUUCUACUGCUGAACUUUGUUCAGUGUUUACUAGAGAUUUAUAAUAUCAGCCUUUUUACCAACAUAUAGAUUUGGUGUAACUCUUACACAAUACUGAUAUGAAUCUAUACCAAUGUACAUCACAUUAUCUGUGAUAAUGAUGUGGCAACCACUUCAAUUAAUGUUAAACUAGUUGUACAAAACAAACCCAAUUUCUCACAAACAAACAUUGGAUCUGUCAUACCUUGGCAUUUUGAGUGAGAGGAGAAGUAGCUGAAGGGUUUGAUGUGGAUUCUGUGCAUGGUGUGUAAAAGUUGUGUUGUUAAAAAGGUAAAACUUGAUACUGAUCAUUUUUGAUAUUACAUUUUUAUGCCAAUAUCGGCCAAUAAUAAUGGCCAUCCAUGCUGUUUAUGUUUGGUUGUUGAUCUAAAGGUGUUAAAUCCUUCAGAUGAGCAUAAUAUAAUUUGUAGGAUCAGUUGCCACAAGGACCAGCUGCGUCUAAGAUCUGUGAAAUGACCUGAUUGACAGGCCUGGUCUGCAUGGGUUCUGCACCUUUGUUGAGUUUAGUUGGCCCCAUAUAAACAGAUUAAGUUCAGGAAGAUGCUUUGUCUGUAUCUGUUCCUGUUUGUAGUGUGGAACCACCAUUUUAUACUUUUAGCACACUUAGGACCAAGUUGUCUGAUCCCAGUGAAGUCAACAACAGUUUGUGACGAGGAUAUAUUAGUACUACUGCACCCCUAAAAGAUCAGUUUUUCACCAUUGCUUCACUGAGGAACCAUGAACCAGAGAUUUAUAGUCAAGAUCAGAGGCUGUUGGGAACCCAAUGGAAGUGACGUUUGGAGGCCAUGUGAUGGUACUGUGUAGUUUCUACCUCAGGCAAAACAAAACUUUUCACUACUGAGAUGCUAAAUGUGCAAAGUGGAGCCAGGCAUUUAAGGUUUUUAGUGGAGUGCUAACCACAUGUUUAGCUGCACAUUUUAUAGAUAGAUUAUAAAUUGAGGGGGGGGGG